GGCGGAUGUACAGCAAAGGUAGGGGGGCAGUUGCCCCCAUCAAAGUGCUACUAACCUCUUACUAUUUAGUAAGAAAUAUCUCAGUCCAAUACGAUUGCCCCCAGUUAAAAAAUAAAAAUGCCCCCAGCAGACAACAAAGUAACCAAAUCGCAAAUCACGGCGUGAAAUCCCUAGCCUAAAACAGAGCUCGACAAGUCAAGAGCCUGGCGGAGUGUAGCCUGGAGUCGAGAGGAGCUGCGGAGUCGUUGCAGGCCUGCGGCGUUGCCUGAUUUCCUCUUGCACACCAAAGGGAAAAAGAGCAGAGAGAAGUCGAGAAUGGGGUCGAGAAAAUCAAAAGCUCCGGUUCCUAAUUCCAAAAGUGCAGUUUAAGUUAAACGGUGCCGUUUGCAAGACAAAAAAACACUAAAAUAAAACGACACCCAACAUGGAGUGAACGACAAUACACAGUUAAUACGAUAACUAUGGAGUCAUAAAACGAAGAGGCUCAAUCAAACCGGUGUGAUUUCAUCUCCAGGCCUGAAAAUGUGAAGAUUUAAGAGGCGUCGCCUAAUCUACCUACACAUUUGGUGAAGAAGCCAGAAGCUCCAGAAGCCGUGACUCACUGACUUGUGUAUUUGUUGUAUCUCCUGAGGUUGCUGUGAUGCACCCGCUCAAAUAAAGUUCUGGUUCCGCCACUGUCUAUGAGAAGGGUGUGCGUCAUUGUCGCUCACUUUGAUUUCAUCCCAACGAUUGGCUUUUUCUGUUCAAGAACUGCUCUUCGACUAUUCCAAUCUUCAUGUGCUAAGAAUACCCAUAAGAAAGAACCUUUUGUAACUUUCAACAAUGGGUGUUUUUCUCCUUCACCAUUGUUUUCUGAUGGACCUGCACGCUUGGGAAAGUGCAGAGUAGAACUUGUGGAUAGUGACACUUGGAGAGUGUCCUCAGACUUGGCAGAUGUAUGGAGGGGAAAUGUAGAUAGGGGAUCAAAGACAAAGGCUUUUCCUUGUAAUGAGGAAGGGGAUGUGGAAGAAAUGGCGAAAUAUGUGCCUCCAAACACGGAAGACCCUGGUUUUGAUGAAAUUGAGGAAAUGAGGAUCCGGGGAAACUUAUUUUAUAAGCUUGAUAAAGAUUCCAAAGAAUAUGAAGAGCAUAAGUUUGACUUCCAUGGUAGGAAUAGAAACAAAGGUGAUAAGAAAGAAAGUGCAAGAAACAUGGAAAAGGUAUGUAGUGCACCCUCUCGAAAUGAGAUAACCACUGAAUGUAGGAAAAAGGGGCAAGAAAAUAGGAAGGGGAAAGAAAAUAAGAAGCAAGAACAGAGCUUGGAAUUGACUAGGACUCCACAAUCAGAAAAGAAAAGCCAUUUGAUUCCUCGUCUUCAUGAAUUGGAAGGUUCUGGAGACGCCAAGACAAAAAGGACUCUAACUUUCAAUCAGAUUACAGCGCCUUAUCAUAUGCCGUUUUGUUUGGAUAUUUAUUUAUCUAAAGGGUCUGUACGAGCCAGCAUUAUUCACCGUCCAUCUAGCAAGGUUGUGGCUGUAGCACAUUCUAUAUCCAAGGACAUGAAAUUUGACUUGAAAUCAACCAAGAAUAGAGCUACUUGUAGCGCUGUAGGGGAAGUGCUGGCUCAAAGAGCCUUGGCAGAUGAUAUCCAUAAUGUGGUUUAUACACCCAGGAAGGGGGAACGAUUGGAUGGGAAAUUGCAGAUUGUACUCCAGGCUAUUAUUGAUGGUGGUAUUGAUGUGAAGGUGAAAUUAAAGCAGAGAAAACCCAAGAGAAGCCGCCUCCUCCCACCAAAAGCAUAGCAUUAACCAUUGAAGCUCUAUUCAACAGGAGGAGCAAGAUCUGUGAUGGGUAGAAAUCUAGUCCAGCAUUAGAAAAACAAGGGAGAAUCAUCUGAAAUAUAAGUGUGCGCCUAACUCCAUUUGUAUGAGGCCUUCUGGAAGCAGUCAGAAAACAAAUAUGUGCAGACUUGGCUCAGAUCCGGCAAUAUCAUACUAAUGUGGAGUUUAGAUGACGCUUGUGGUGCUAACAAUUUGUGUUAUGUCUUCGGUACCAAUCAAUUUUUUCUACCUGUCAAAGCAGAGAAUAUGAUACUAAUGUGGCUUGUAAUUGUAUUUGGCCUAUGUCAUAAAGGAGAAUUCAGUUUUCUGUUAUGUGAAUGACUAGUUUUUCACUUGUGUGCUGCACGGGAUAGCAAACUGACUACAUAGUCAACAGUCUGCUAAUUUAAUACUCUGUAUUAAUUUUGAUUUUAUUCCCAAGAAUCGUACCUCGUUGACAAAUUAGCAUAGCACUCUUUGAAAGUGAAAUAAUAUUAAGUUAAGCAAGCUUCUCCAAGAAUCAUGAUG